UUUUCUUUUUCUUCCUUAUUUCUUCGAUUUUCAAUCAUUUCUCUGCUUCUUUCUCUAGCUGCGGCUUCUGCAUUUUGUUUCACCCUUCGGCUGUUUCUUCUUUAAAUUCGUGUUUUGUGUGUUCCUCUCUCUUUCUUUACCUCCUCAAGCUGGUUUUGAUUUUGGAUUUUUUUUCUCCAUUUUGGAUUUGACCUCCGCAUUUCACAUUUCUUGUUUUUAAAUUUUGUAUGCCUGGUGCUUUUUAAUCUGGCGCUUCUCUCCGUCUAUGGGCGAUGGAAAAUUUUCAAACUUUCUCGGUGUCCUAAUCUUUUUAAUCAAAACCCUAACCAAUUGUUUGGUUUUUAUGUUAUCGUGAGUUUCGGUCGUGUCGGCUAUCAGUUGUAUAAUUCUUCACGUUUGGAUAUCGAAACUUCACUUUUGGGUUUGUUUUUUUUGAUUCGGAGUUAUUUACGUGAUGAAACUUUGUCAGCUUUGAUGCCUUCCUUGCAACGUGCAUUAGUUGCUCUCUUCAACAAAUUCUCCUAGCUUUUGAAAAUGACGGUUCUUCUAUUUCUUCUAUGCUACUUAACAUGGGAUUAGGCAUUUCAUGCAAUCCUAGUCUCUAUCAUUCUCUGCUUAUGAUCAAAGAUAAUCUCAUAUCUUAUCAUGCCUGCACAUAUAUUAUUUGAACUUUCUGAGGGUCUCAUCGUUUGGUCUUACUAUUUGGUAAUACUGUGGCAAUGCAAUCCCUUUAGCAUUUCUGUGAAGUAUGAGAUGAUCAUUUCAUGACAGCCGACAGAAUCCAACCAAGGAAUCACAGUGACUAGCAACCUCAAAUAGUCCAUCUUGAUCAUUGAAAUGAUUGUUGUCUAAUAAAAGAACUGAAUCAAAAGGACCUCAUUCUGCUUAGAUCUAAGUCUCCUGCUUGAUAUUUUCCUUGAUUUAGUCACUUAGGUUAAUGAUGUUGCUGUAACUUCUGCGGUAGAUGGAAAAUUGGCGUUACCAGACAGAAUUACAUUUUGUUGGGUCUACUUCUUAGAAUGUAGGUUUAUAAUUUUUUAGCAGUUGUCCUUGAUCAUAGAAAAAUGUCUCAUUCUACAUCUGAGUGUAUGAGUCCAAGUCUACUCAGAAUUAUAUGCUUUCGGGUCAUCUAAGUGGUUGUUGACGGGUUCUAAAUGAUGUACCAAGUAUUUUAGUUUCUUAUAAUGUCAUGUAUUGAUUGAACGUGUAAAUUACAUGAUUCGGGUUGGCAGCUGGUGGCUGAUAAAGAUAAAUGACAAAUGUAUCAGCCAAACAGUGUUCCUAGUUUAAGUCUACUUGGAAGCAACUCACUGGUACAUGGUCAGCAAUUUGAUCGUGGUGGCAGUACAAUGGACCCAAUCAACGGAGGGAACAGUCUAACCAACAAUUCCAAUCUGAGCUCAAAGCAACGGCUACGCUGGACACAUGAGCUGCAUGAACGCUUUGUUGAUGCUGUGGCACAGCUUGGUGGGCCUGAUCGUGCCACACCUAAAGGUGUCCUCAGAGUGAUGGGUGUACAUGGCUUAACAAUAUAUCACGUCAAAAGCCAUCUGCAGAAAUAUCGUCUUGCUAAAUACCUCCCUGACUCCUCAUCUGAUGGGAAAAAAGCUGACAAGAAAGAAACAGGGGAUAUGCUUUCCAAUCUAGAUGGUUCAUCAGGGAUGCAUAUUACUGAGACACUAAAGCUGCAAAUGGAGGUGCAGAAGCGAUUACAUGAGCAAUUAGAGGUUCAGAGACAGCUACAACUUCGGAUUGAAGCCCAGGGUAAAUACUUGAAGAAGAUAAUUGAAGAGCAACAGCGGCUCAGUGGCGUUCUUUCCCAAGCACCUGGCUCUGGGGAUGCAACCUCAGAGCCAGGUGACACCUGCCAAGACCCUGACAAUAGGAAUGACCCGUCAACCCCUGCCCCUACAUCUGAGUGCCCGCUUCAGGAAAAAGCCACUAAAGAAUAUGCUCCGGCUAAGAGUCUUUCAAUUGACGAAUCCUUGUCAUCUCACAACGAACCAUUAACGCCGGAUUCUGGCUGCCAUGCUGGUUCCCCUACCAACAGCCCAAGAGAGAAGAGAAUGACAAAAAAACAACGGGUGAGCAUGGAAGGAGCAUAUUCUAAACCUGAAAUGGUGCUUCCACAUCAUAUACUUGAGUCGAGCAUGUCAUCAAUUCAGCCAUUAAGCAGAGUGUUUCCUACCCAUGAGCAGUAUGAUCCUUCACUAGGAAUACCUACUAGAAGUAAUGAGGAACUGGAUAAGGUUGGCGGGGGCAAUCUGUGAUUGAGCGUAAUAUUUAGCUUGUGAAUUAGGACUAUAUAUCAUCAUUUAAGGUUAGAUGGGCGAAUGUACUUCUUAGUAGAUCAAAGAGCCUUUUCGUCAUAGGUUCCUAACGUCAUUAGGUUUAAACAGCUAAAUUUCCACGUUUAAAUUACAUUCAGGGACAUCAUGUAAAUUGGGUUGAUUUUACUAUCUUGUUAUCUGUUCCUUACGCUUGUUCAUCACUGUAUCAUUUGAAUGCUGGCCGCUUAUUUUUGGUC